CUGGAAUUCCGAAGCACACGGACCAGGCACCUUUGUACCCAGCUCCCCACUGCCCAGGUCCCACCUUUCCUCCUUUCCCCGCCCUCGUGCCUGGGUGGAGCCAGCUGCCAAGGCGCCAAAGCUUCUCAGCCCUCCCUCUGGGCUCAGUCUGGAGUAGAGACCAGAAGAGGGCCCUGUGCCUGGCCCCGAUGAGGACACUACUGACCAUCUUGGCGGCGGGAUCCCUGCUCGCUCACAUCACUGAGGACACCUCAGAUCUCCUUCAGCACGUGAAGUUCCAGUCCAGCAACUUCGAAAACAUCCUGACGUGGGACGGCAAGCUGGAGAGUGCCCCCGACACCGUCUACAGCGUCCAGUAUAAGACGUAUGGAGAGGGAGAGUGGUUGGAAAAGGAGGGCUGCCAAAGGAUCACCCGGAAAUCCUGCAACCUUACCGUGGAGACAAGCAACCUCACUGAGCUCUACUACGCCCGGGUCACCGCCAUUGACGGGGCAGGCCGGUCUGCCACCAAGAUGACCAACCGCUUCAGCCCACUGCAGGACACUAACAUUAAACCACCUGAUGUGACCUGCAUCCCCAAGGUGAGGUCUAUCCAGAUGAAUGUCCAUCCCCCCUACACAGUGAUCCGUGCACGGAAUGGCCACCAGCUGACCUUGGAGAACAUCUUCCAGGACCUACGCUACCAUUUCAACCUGCGCAUCAACCAUACCUACCAAAUGGGAUCAAUUUCUACUGCUGCAAUUCUUUUUGCUGACUCUCCACUUUUUGAGGGAACUGCAUACAAGCUGUGUCUUAAGCACUUUGAAAGGAAGCAGAGAAAAUUUGAGUUUUUCGGCCUGACCCCUGACACGGAGUUCCAUGGGACCGUCAUGAUUUGUAUUCCAAACUUGUUCAAGGAGAGCGCUCCCUACGAGUGCCAAGUGAAGACGCUGCCAGAUCGGACAUGGACCUACUCCUUCUCUGGCGCCUUCCUGUUCUCCAUGGGCUUCCUGGUCGCAGGGCUCUGCUACCUGAGCUACAGAUACAUCACCAAGCCGCCUCCACCUCCCAGAUCCCUGGAUGUCCAACACAUCCUGCCCUUCCACCCUCUGCAGUUCAUCCAGGAGCACACCCUGAUCCCCGUCUUCAACCUCAGCAGCUCCGGCAGUCUGGCCCAGCCUGUCCAGUACUCCAAAGUCAAGGUCUCCGACCCCACGGAGCCCCUGGGACACCCACCGCGGCACGGCCUGCCUGAGGUUGCCUACCUUGGGCAGCCAGACCUCCCCAUCCUCCGGCCCUCUGGAGGACCACCUCACCAGGCACUCCCCAUGCUGUCCUAUGCCCCCCAGGCUGCUCCCGAGGGCAGGCCCUCAUCCUAUGCACCUCAGGGAACCCUGGAAGCUAAACCGCCCUCCUACACUCCUCAGGCUGUCUCAGAGGCCCAGCUUCCUUCCUACACCCCGCAGGCCACCCCAGACAGCUGGCCUCCUUCCUACGGGAUGUGCGGGGAAGAGUCUGGGAGAGACUCCCCACCUGUGACACGCUUUGGUCCAAAACACCUUGGAACUAAGGGGCAGCUCCAGAAAGAGGUGCCAGCUGGAAGCUGCAGCCCAGGUGGCCUUUCACUACAGGAGGUGACACCCCUGGCCAUGGAGGACCCCCAAGAAGCAAAAUCCUCCCACCAGCACCUAGGGGUUCACACCGACUCAGACUCUGACUCUGAUACCAUAGGCCAAAGGGAGCCAGGAACACGAAGCUCCCUAAAGGGCCACUUGCCCCUCCUCUCCUCUGUCCAGAUCGAGGGCCACCCCGGGUGCCUCCCUUUGCAGACUCCUUCCCUCCCAUGUUCCCCCACAGAUGAGGGUCCAAGUCCCCGGGGCCUGCUGGAGUCUCUCGUGUGUCCCAGUGAUGAGGAUCCGGCAUCCAAGACUGAGGCCGAGAGCCCAGGUCUUCAGGCCCCAGACCUGGAGUCGCCCACGGAGCUGGACUCUCUGUUCCGAGGCCUGGCCCUAACCGUGCAGUGGGAGUCCUGAGCAGAGAACAGGGCAGGCCUGGGGCUUCCUCCUGUCCCCACCACCCCCUCAGCUCACAUCCUUGGCCUUCACUCCUGUAUCCAGGGACGCUGCGCACUCUGCAGCCCCUCCCCAGGUGGGUGCCCUCGAGGAACCAGCAGAGAAGGAGGCUGGACCCUUGCCUAGGCUGAGAUCCCUUUGGAGCAAAAAAGACGUGAGAAGAGCUCCAGCCAGUUUCAGAGGUGUAUCAUGUGAAAAUGAGCUUGAGCACGCCGAGCUCUGCAGGGCAGGACAGUCAGAGAGAGGGAGUUGAUGCGAGGAGACCUCCCAGAGGUGCAGGGCCCCAGCUCCUAAUAUACUGGAUACAGACUUCUCCUGGAGCCUACCCCUCUUCAUUCCUUUCCUGGCCAGUUUCGUAGUCUGGUUCAGCAGACUGAGGUCUCUGCCUCCUCUGUGAUUCCCCGAAUAAGGGAAAAAGGAGCCUGAAAAGGGACGCCUCGCAGCAGACUGGGCAGAACCAGAACAACCUGCGAGAUGGCAAGACUCCAGGGCCGAGUGCGGCCUGUGGCUCAGCCCCAUCCAGGCCUACUGCCUGAAACUGCACUGUUUCAGCUUCCAUCCUCCGCUGGAGGCUGGACCCCAAGUGAAGUGCAGGCCCACAAGGCAGGGAGAACACAGAAACCCUGUCUGUCAGCAGGAGUUCCAGACCCUAUCCUGGGAGUGGGGUUUGAAAGGAACACGGGCCACGGGGCGCCUGAAGGAGACACAACUACAACUGUACUUACUUCACAACUUUGGAAACUCAGCCUUGGGUUCAGCCCACCCGGGUUCCAACCCCAGCCUUAACACUUCCCGGCCGCGUGGCUACAA